AAAUCUGACCGGUAUCCGGGCGCCCAAUAGCGGCGCGUAAACUGAAACUUGCUGUCACAGGCUAGCAGCUAAAGGCGAACAGCUGGCCUUGUUUUCUUUAUCUCUCGCUCUAAAAGCAAACCCUGGCUUCUCAAGGAGUACCGUGUCAGUCGUGACAAACAAUUUGGAAGUUGUCGCGACAUACCGCGUUGUCCCUGAACCACGAAAGAUGACUUCUGCACUGCCUGAUCCGACCCUUGAGCGUAAUUUUAAGGGUCACAAAGAUGCUGUGACAAGUGUGGACUUCAGCAGCAACUUGAAACAAAUCGCCACAAGCUCCGCGGACUGCAGUGUGAUGAUCUGGAAUAUGAAACCUCAGAGGCGUGCAUAUCGUUUUGACGGACAUGAAGACUCCGUCACCUCCAUACAGUUUUCUCCCUCUGGACAUCUGGUGGCCUCCUGCUCUAAAGACAAGACUGUGCGCCUUUGGGUUCCCAACAUGAAGGCUCAGUCAACCGUUUUCAAGGCUCACACGGCCACCGUGCGUAGUGUGAAUUUUUCGGCGGACGGCCAGAAUCUGGUCACAGCGUCCGAUGACAAAACGGUUAAGGUGUGGGGAGUCCACCGACAAAAGUUCCUCUUCUCCCUCAGCCAGCAUAUCAACUGGGUCCGCUGUGCAAGGUUUUCUCCAGAUAGCCGCUUGGUCAUUUCUUCAAGUGAUGACAAAACCAUUAAGCUGUGGGACAAGAACAGCAGGGAAUGUAUUUAUUCUUUCUGCGAACAUGCUGGUUAUGCAACCCACGUGGAUUUCCACCCCAGUGGAACGUGCAUCGCUGCAGCCUGCACUGACAAAUCAGUUAAGAUUUGGGACAUUCGAUCCCUUAAAAUGCUCCAGCAUUACCAAGUCCACAAUGGCACGGUGAACGUUAGUUUGUCUUUCCAUCCAUCUGGUAAUUUUCUACUCACUGCAUCCAACGAUUCCACAACCAAGAUAUUGGACCUCGUGGAGGGAAAACUGUUGUUCACACUGCACGGGCACCAGGGUCCAGUGAAUUGUGUGGCCUUUUCCAGAACAGGAGAGUACUUUUCUUCUGGAGGUUAUGACGAACAGGUGAUGGUGUGGAAGAGCAAUUUUGAUGAGACCAGUGACACAGCCAGUGACACAGCCAGGGUGCAGCAGUCCACCAGCCCCAUCUACCAGGCCUCAGAACCAGCCCAAACAGCUGCCAAAAUAGGCCGUCGUCCCAGUGCAGCCAUGCAUCCCAACACCCGCAGAAGUUUGAGCACCAGUUCCACCUCCACCCAGCCAAAGGGCCACGCCGUGGAGCCGAAGGGCCACGCCGUGGAGCCGAAGGGCAACGGCGUGGAGCCGAAGGGCAACGGCGUGGAGCCGAAGGGCAACGGGGUGGAGUCGAAGCGCAACGGCGUGGAGCCGAAGCGCAACGGCGUGGAGCCGAAGCGCAACGGCGUGGAGCCGAAGGGCAACGGCGUGGAGCCGAAGGGCAACGGCGUGGAGACGAAGCGCAACGGCGUGGAGACGAAUGGCAACGGCGUGGAGCCGAGGGGCCACGGCGUGGAGCCGAGGGGCCACGGCCCGGCUCAGCCCUCGCCUCAAGUGUCCCUAGUCUUGGAAGAAAGCGCGCCCCUUGGCCUAACCACCACGCUUGAACACAUUAUGGGUCAACUGGAUAUUCUCACGCAGACGGUGUCCAUCUUGGAACAGCGGCUGACGCUGACAGAAGACAAGCUGAAGGAGUGUUUACAGAACCAGGUGGCGCCUCACGCGCAAACCUUUCCAGGCGAGGCCAGCUGGACGUCAGCCGCCCCGUACUGAGCCUCGGCGUUUGCCGAUCCAACUCGUCCUCGCGGAGGCGCUUGAGACGCGGCAGAGACAAAUCUUGCAGAGGGGGUUGCUUGCAACAGUGCUGAGAGAGCGUCUCUUUUCUGCUGAUGAAGCGUGUUUGCUGUCGGCGACAUUUUCCCACUUCCCUGUGCGCAGCACGUCUGUCUUUUAGCUGUGUGUUUUGGGCAAACCUGCACAGAAUGGCAAGUGCAAGUUGCACUUAAUCAUCGAAACGCAAACAUCAAAGUUGCUGUUUCAUUCACUUAAAAAAAUAGUGGUGGUCUCAUCUCAUCUUUCAAAAGUAACCUAUUAUAGGAAGACCGAUUCUGUAUCACUCCAUAUCGUUGGACGAUUAUGUCCCAGGGCGCUACACCAUUAGUCCCGUAUGGCAUUUCGCCAUAAGUCAUAGUUGCAUUAAUUUCAGAAUUUGAAAGUUUUCAGUUUUUUUUUAAUAUGAUGUCUGUGACCUGCUUUUGUCACUCCCAACCCAAAAGAUCGAGACUUGUCACCUUAACACUUGAUUUCUUGACUUGCGCCUUAAAAAUGGGCUGGCCCUGUCUGACUUUAGGCCUACACCCAGUCCUAUAUCCUGAAGGCUCAUGGCGAGUCCAGAUUUUGUUUCUGUGACAACUUGCGAGAGCAGACGCCUAUAAAGACAACUCAUUAUUUUUUGUUCGGAGAGGCCUUUCAUACAUGCAACUAAUGGUACUGCAUAUGAGCCAUUGACCCCAAAGAUAUAUUAUUGGCUCAUAUGAAAUAGUUUUGUACGUCCUCUUUAAGUGGAAGUUAAUCUUGAGGUGCUUUUUGUAUACGUGUAUUUGCUUUCUAUACUUUGAAGACAAGUGGAUUUUAGUGUUGUAGCCCAAACAUCUUGUCAUUGUUUUUUUUUUCUUCUUUUUUUUUUUUAGAUUCCCUCUCCUUAGUUGAAAUUAAAGAGACCCCAGAUGCUCUUUC